AUGUCGAUGCCUAUGCCUGGCCCGGGUGGCCCUGCGGGCGCUGGUGGUCCUGGAGGACCUGGCGGCCCUGGCAUCCCCAUUCCCAUGGGCCCUUUUGGACCGGGCCAGAUGCCAACACCCGAGCAGAUCCAAAUCAUGCAGCGGCAGCUAGCUAUGGAGGCGCAAAAGGCCGGUAUGACCGUCCCCGAAUUCGUCGAGCACCUCAAGAAGCAGGCUCGUGAGCAACAGAUGAGGAUGCAGCAAGCAGCUCAGCAGCAGCAGCGUGCUGGUGGUGGCCCAGGACCUCAACAUCAGCAUGGCCCUCAAGGGAAUGCCCGCCCCCAAGGGCAGCCUCAGCCGAUUACCCCCGGUCCCCCCAACCCGCGGGCGCUUGCCCUCGCCAAGUUCUUGAAGGGCCAGGACCUUAAGCCACGAACGUGUAUUCUAAAUGGCGAGCGCAAAGACAUGUUUAGAGUCAAGCGAGCUCUCCGCGCCCUUCAGUCCCCCGCCUACGAGAAGGCGAGGAAGAAGAACCCUCUUCUACCCGAGAUUACGGAUCGCGCGUCCCUCGAAAACACUUUCAAACUUCUCCCAAUGUCCAUGCUCGCUCUUCGUGUGACCAAGAUCGAUCCCCAUGAGGGCCACAACCACGGCAAGAAGCCCAAGCGAGUCAAGGGUCUAUGGACAGUCAAGAUUGAGCCCCAGCAGGACGCGCAUGAUGACAUGUACUACGCCUGGCUCUGGGAGGGUGCCCAGAUCAAGCGAAAGGUCUACGCCGUACUUGCGCUCAUCCUCAUCUUCCUCAUCGUGCUCUACCCUCUCUGGCCCGUCAAGCUACGACAAGGCGUGUACUACCUCAGCUGGGGAUUCCUUGGUCUGCUCGGCCUCUUCUUCCUCAUGGCCAUCUUCCGAGUUAUUCUGUUUUGCGUCACAUACUUUGUCGUCCCACCUGGUCUUUGGCUCUAUCCCAAUCUCUGGGAAGAUGUUUCAUUUAUGGAUAGUUUCCGACCCGUGUGGGCGUGGCACGAGACCGAACCCCAAAAGAAGAAGAAGAAGAAGACCAAGUCACACGGCCUGUCCAACAUGGAGGCACAAUCCCAUAUCAGUGGUACAACGGGCAACGCGCCCCCCGCCACCGACACGCAGAUCAAUACCGAGCCCAGGCAGCGUUCCUAUGUUGCUCCCAAGGUAGAAGAGCUUGCGGAUGACGAGUAG